AUGAUGUACAUUUCCGACGAAAGUGAAGCCUCUCCGGAGCUGAAACGGGUCAAUCUACUCAACCAGGACCGUCCCCCAAACACCUUCCCUAUCGUCACCAGGGAAAUCUUGUCUCUGCGACGGGGACCAGUGCAACGACUGGAUGAAGGCCUUAUUGUUCUUGGUCUGGAAGUGACAAGGUGUGUCUUCAAGCUCCACAAAAACGGAAUGGCCCAGGAGUUGACCAAGAAGGAGUACACCCCCUAUUUCGAAACGUAUUUCGGCUCUGUUCCAAAAUCGGAGGCCCAUAAAAAAAUCGGAGGCCCAUGGCAGAAUCGGAGGCCCAUGGCAGAAUCGGAGGCCCGUAAAAAAAUCGGAGGCCCAUGGCAGAAUCGGAGGCCCAUAAAAAAAUAA